AAAUUUGUGACAAUAAAAAUGGAACACCCUGUAUGUGGUCCUAGUGGCUGUGUUGGAACAAGGAAAUAUCCUUAUCUUAUUAUCGGUCACAAAAACAUGAGACAAAAUUUUUGUUUUUGAUAGCUGAUCUAAUUGUAUUGUUUUAUUAUUUUAUCAAGUUGCUUUACUGAUGACGCACAACACAGCUAAAUGGGGGAAGUCCCUAUUAAGCAGUUAGCAUCUGCGUAGUUGGUUUCAAAUAGUGAUAAGUGUGCAGCUGAUGUGAGAAAACACAUAGCAACGUUCAUCCGAAUUACGCAAUUGCUAAAAAAUCGCGAUACGUCGAUUAAUAAACCUCGUAAAAAUAGUGAAACCAUCAGUGGUGGUUUGGAAUAAAAUGCCUUGGUGUUAAAAAUAGUUUCGUACAGUCAUUGGAAGAGUCGUGAAUGCUAAAAAUAUCCAUUUACGACAACCUUUAGUGUUCUUUCUCAGUGCAUUCACAUCGCGUUUUGCGAAAAUUCAAGUGUGAAAAUGAACGGCGAAAUGGAGCACGAGUUAUGUGGCAAUUGCAAAAAGGAGAUUCCUCAACACAAUUAUGUUAUGCAUAGUGCACACUGUGCACGCAAUAUAACACUGUGUCAAGUGUGCAAAGAACCGAUCCCGAAGAGUCAAUUUGAGAGCCAUAAAAAAAAUUGCGUGGCGGUUAAACCGAAAAUUAGAAAAGCCGAACCGCCCCCGACGAACUUGGAGAAAAGUGCCUACUUCCAAGAGAGGAAAGCGGUGGAAGAUCGGAAAAUUGCAGAAAGGAAAGAGAAUAAAAUGAAGAAAUUGGAGAAAUUCGUCGAUUUGGGACACACAUUGAAGAGCAGUGAGAAGAAACCGAGCUUGAUUGCGUGCAAAUUCUGCGAACUUGAGCUCCCCAAACUAGAAUUGGAAGAACAUGAAAACUACUGUGGGACACGGACCGAUAAAUGUCUACAAUGUGGAGAGUUAGUUAUGUUCAAAUAUAAACAAAUCCACAUGGAUUCCAACCACGGAUUCCUCAAGCUUAAAGACGGGCCUCGCCCUUCGUGGGACUCCACAAGCCAACGCACUGAAAACCCGCACACUCCACGUCCGAGACCACCCCCUCUGAGGUCAUUCUCAAGUUUCGAUUCUUCUCUAUACUCGACUUACUCAACCCCAUCCCCCGUAAAAAAGGAAAAAGGGGAGAGCUACAAGGAGAUUUCAAGACGCCUCGAUUGCAAGACCGAGUACAUUCGUAAUUUGCUGCACGACUCGGCCAGCAUUACUGUACCUUUAAGACACAACGGGGCGAUUCCCAGAAAUCACUUCAACCACAAUAAAGGUCCAGCCCCCCAACCUCCACGACGAAGGCCCAAUCCCCCAACUGAACUGACGAUUCCUUGCGAGUUUUGCAACGUUCCCAUACCUCACGAUGAUUUGAUUCAACAUGAGACAGGGUGUAGACCUGAUUUGGCUAGGUUUAACCCGAGGAGGAGAGUGCCGUCGGAAGAUGAUGAUUAUUUUGUGCCCCCACAACCAAGUUCACCGGAAGUCGAGUUGCCUUGUGAAUUUUGCGCUGAUAUGAUACCGGCGUCGCAACUUUUGCGCCAUCAAGCCACGUGUAUCUAAGUUUUAUUUUAAGCUUUUUUGUUGUUGCCUCGAGAAUAAUAAUUAAGUUACGCUUUUUAUUUUAGCACACACUUUCAGUUUUGUUACCGUAGAUGUUUUAUUAAAUAAAGUUUUUUACGCUA